CCUCCUGGCGCCAGGCGCCGCUGUCCCGGUCUCUCCAGAAGGCCGAGGCCGUCCUACGAACGCGCCUGAACCCCAGCCUUCGGCGGAUACGGGGCAGACGCAAAGACAGGGAAAAAGAGGAAGAAGAAGAGGAGGAGGAGGGGGAGGAGGAAGAAGGACGGCGAAGCGACGGCAGCUGCAACUCUGAAAAUGACCCCAACACAUGGCCGCCUUUAUUGUCGCCAUCGGUGACGAGCCGUAACUUCCAGAUGGCCUCGCCCUCGUCCUCGUCCCCGCCCCGACCUUCCGGAAGGCUCCAGAGCGUUGAGCGGAACGUGGCAGAGCUCGGCGCCGAAUGUCACCUCCUGUGGGACGCGGCGGCGGGACGGCUCCAAACGCGCGGCUGUGUCAGGGCCCCCGUGUCACCCACCACGUCAUCCAGUGGCAACGCCCUCCACCACUACCCCGACGCCGCCGCCUUCGGCCAGCACUAUGGGCAGCUAUGGGGGCUGCUGGAGGAGCGCGCCAAGCUCACCUUCCUCCAGGAGUACUCACGGCGCUGGCAGGCCACGCACGGCUUUGUCACCAAGCUCUCCCGCCUGCUACAACAGCAGCAGCAGCAGCUGUUGGUGAACACAAGACGCAGACAGCAGCAGCAACCGCAGCAGCAGCAGCAACAUGGGAUGUUAAAGCGUCCAAGGUCUACCAUGUCCAUGUCCGAGUCGAACCUCGGACUGCAGGCUUUGGCUGAGGAGCUGAGGGUGCACCUGAGCCAUUGGGAUGUGCUUCGGUCGCAGGCGUAUUCCAACGUCUACCUGAGGAGAAACCUGUUCUGGUGGAGGGAGUCUCUCCAGGUGAUGCUGCAGAGCUGCCAGCGGAUGGGCUUGCAGUGUCUCUUCCUGAUGGAGCGGUGCAUAUACACCUCGCUGUGCGUCAUGGCCACCCAGCACCUCCGUCACCUUCCGCGGGACGCCUUAAGGGACUUGCUGGCCUGCGUGCAGAUCUUCGACCACACAGUUUUGCAGACCAGCACCACCAUAGCACAGUGGAGGAAACGCGUCGUCCGCCUCACGGACUGGCCUUAUCUAAGUACCCGUUUGCCUGCAACAGUGGCCUCGGAACACGGAAUCGGAACCGGAACCGGAACUUUCACGGUGUUCCAGAUUCUGAAGAUGUUGGCUGAGCAGAGAGGGCAGAUGUUGGCUGAGCAGCUCCACCUGUGGUCUUGUCGGCAGAUGGGUCAUGUGACUCGCUUUGGGCAGCUAGCAACAGCGGGGCAGGAGGACACUGCCGCCGCCAGCCUCGACUGGAGUCGUCCGGAGGAGAUCCUAGCGCUUCUCUCUGGACACACCUGGCAACAGAGCGAUAACAACAAUAUCGGGCCACCGCCGCUGGCUCUUACUUGUCGCAAUGGGACCACAAGAUGUGUCAAGUCUGGUGCUUGCUACGCUGAUCGUCCCUUUUGGCUGUUUCUCCAGAGAGACUGCGAGUGUUUGGAGGUGCUGUUUCAGGCUUUGGCAUCAACGACUGACGACGUGCCGUCGAACGACAUCCUCGACAACUCCAAACCUGGUGCUUCCCUCGACCCCAGUGCAACUCCCUUAGGAGGUACUCAAGGACGCGGACAGAGGAAACCCCACCAAUCAUCUAAAGCCAUCUGUGAGAAGCCAAAAGCCAUUCAGUGGGGAGGAGAGCUAUGUUCUGAGUUGUUCCCCCAGUAUCAGGAGAUGUUCCGUGCAGAGUUCAGCCGUGCAGCUAUCCGAUGCCUUUUCCACAAGGGACACCACCGAGCAUGCGGCAGCUUGAACCAGUGGAGACAUCACCUGAUGUUUCAGUUACUCGGACAGCUAUCUCAUGCCUCCCAUGACAGGGAGCCUGUUCCAGUUGAAGGUGGUUCUGUGUUGAGGGGCCUCUGUGUUGAGGUCCUGUACUCCUCAGCCUGUACGCAGUGGGAUGAAGUGAUGUGUGAUGCCCUUGGCCACGGUCUGAAGGACAGGUGUGUCCCUACGGCCCCUGGAGCUGGGCAGGAGUCGUCUCUGGUCAUCACGGCCACCACACAGCGCCUGCUGGGCCUCUUCAGCCCCCUCUCCAUCCUACUACAGCUCCUCAAGGCCACGCUAUGCUCAGGGAAUGGCAGCUUGGUGACUUCGACACACAUCUUUGGGUUGCUAUGGAGAUCGGUUGCCACGGUGCAGGCCUGUACUGUCUGGGUUAUGAGCAGGGCCUACCAGUUCCUGUCCUCCUGGAACAUCAACAAGUUCCUACUCAUCACACAAGGAGACCUCGUG